AUGGAACUCCCAACAGCGGCAAACCUGCGGGUCACGAUCAUUGCGGCAGAUGGACUAUACAAGCGAGAUGUCUUCAGAUUUCCCGACCCAUUCGCUGUCGCUACUAUCAGUGGCGAGCAGACGAGGACGACGGGUGUCAUCAAGAAGACACUCAAUCCGUACUGGAAUGAGAGCUUUGACAUGCGAGUGAACGAAGAGAGCAUUCUCGCGGUUCAGAUCUUUGACCAGAAGAAGUUCAAGAAGAAGGACCAAGGCUUCCUCGGCGUGGUCAAUGUGCGCAUCGGCAGCGUAAUGGAUUUGGAUGCUGGUGGUGAUGAAAUGCUUACGAGAGACUUGCGCAAGUCCAAUGAUAACAUGGUGGUCAACGGCAAGCUCAUCCUCAACCUGUCCACGAACCUGCGCACACCUAUAGCGAACGGCAACAACCAGAACAGACCAUCCCUAUCUUCGGCUGGGCCCUCGACAAAUGGUGCUCUUACACCCUCCACAGCUCAAGGCACGCAGUCUACCGCGUCGUUGAAUCCAGAGCGCCCAACGAGCAAUACUGGUUCUGCGGCUGUGUCGAGGCAAAACACCAGUACAGCAGUAGCGACCACAAAUGGUACUAAUGGCACCAAUGGUGCAUCUGGCGGCAGACGAGAUGGAUCGGGGUUCAGCGCUUUUGAGGAUGCGCAAGGAAGACUACCCCCUGGAUGGGAAAGACGUGAAGACAAUCUCGGAAGGACAUACUACGUCGAUCACAACUCUCGGCAGACGACUUGGAUCAGGCCUACGGCGAACUUCAAUGCAGGGGAGCAAAGAGCGCAGAUGCAGCAGCAGCAGAAUGCGGAACGCGACAGGCAUAAUCAGCGCAUGUUGCCAGAGGAUAGGACCGGUGCAAAUUCACCUACGCUCUCGGACGGGCAAAGCUCACCAUCGCAACCGCCGCCUCCGAUAAGUGCAGCGAGUGCGUCGAGUGCGGCUAGCGCUGCGCAGAUGGUGGCCACGGGAGCGACCACAGCAGGCACUGGCGAGCUACCAGCUGGAUGGGAGCAGCGACAUACUCCGGAAGGCCGGGCAUACUUUGUUGACCACAAUACACGGACCACUACUUGGGUGGACCCUCGCCGACAGCAGUACAUUCGCAUGUAUGGCCAAAACGCGACUGGCAACAGCACAAUUCAGCAGCAGCCGGUGUCGCAGCUUGGACCACUACCUAGCGGGUGGGAGAUGCGUCUCACAAACACCGCUCGUGUCUACUUCGUGGACCAUAACACCAAGACCACGACCUGGGACGACCCACGAUUACCAUCAUCGCUCGACCAGAACGUCCCGCAGUAUAAGCGUGAUUUCAGGCGAAAGCUUAUCUACUUCCGCUCGCAGCCUGCCCUGCGCAUCCUCAGCGGUCAGUGUCAUGUUAAGGUCAGGCGUACGCAUAUCUUCGAGGAUUCGUACGCCGAGAUCAUGCGUCAGUCACCAAACGACCUCAAAAAGAGACUCAUGAUCAAGUUCGACGGGGAAGACGGUCUGGAUUACGGCGGUCUAUCGAGAGAGUUCUUCUUCCUGCUGUCGCACGAGAUGUUCAAUCCCUUCUACUGCUUGUUCGAGUACUCGGCACAUGACAAUUACACCCUCCAGAUCAACCCACAUUCUGGCAUCAACCCCGAGCAUCUGGGGUACUUUAAGUUCAUUGGCAGAGUGGUGGGUCUGGCCAUCUUCCACAGGCGAUUCUUGGACGCAUUCUUUAUUGGCGCUUUCUACAAGAUGAUCUUGAGGAAGAAGGUGGCGCUGCAGGAUAUGGAGGGUGUGGAUGCUGAAUUCCACCGGACUCUCUCUUGGACGAUGGAGAACGAUAUCACGGAUGUCAUUUACAGCACUUUUUCCGUUGAGGACGAGAGAUUCGGUGAGAAGGUGACCGUCGAGUUGAAGCCUGGUGGUCAGGACAUCGAGGUGACGAAUGAGAACAAGAAGGAAUAUGUUGAGCUCAUCACCGAAUGGCGCAUCCAAAAGCGUGUUGAGGAACAAUUCAACGCCUUCAUUGCCGGCUUCCACGAGCUCAUCCCAGCCGACCUCGUCAACGUCUUCGACGAGCGCGAGCUCGAACUCCUCAUUGGUGGCAUUGCGGACAUCGAUGUUGACGACUGGAAGAAACACACCGACUACCGCGGGUACACGGAGUCCGAUGCCGUGAUCCAGCACUUCUGGAAGUGCAUUCGAUCCUGGGACGCUGAGCAGAAGUCUCGUCUCCUGCAAUUCGCUACCGGUACUAGCAGGAUACCUGUCAAUGGGUUUAAGGAUCUGCAGGGAUCGGAUGGUCCGCGGCGAUUCACUAUUGAGAAGUCGGGCGAGGAGGCGCAGUUGCCGAAGAGUCAUACGUGCUUCAACAGGCUGGAUUUGCCACCUUACAAAUCGUUCGACGCUCUGACCCAGAAGUUGUUGUGGGCUGUGGAGGAGACGGUGGGCUUCGGGCAAGAGUAG